GACAGCCAUUCUUCUCUCAUUCUUCUUUUAUUUAUUUUUAAUUUCUUUUCGCAAACAGUGGAUGCGUUCGAAGGUCGUGCGGGCUCAUUCCUCCUCUGCACCCUCGGCGCUUCCAUCUCCGAUCUUUAAUAAUUUUUCCUUAUCCGCUUGCUCCUCAAGAACAUUGUAACUGUUGAAUUCUUGUUGGAUUGCUCCUUGUAAUCUCUGAGAGGACUGAGAAUGGCUCUGAUGGGCAUACCGAAAAAUGGUAGUGUAAGGAGUCUCGAGGCCAUGGCUGCAAUUUUUGAAAUCGAUGAUUCUGAUUUUUCUAGGUUGUUGGACAAACCCAAACCUCUCAAUAUAGAGAGGAAUAGAUCAUUUGAGGAGAAGUCCUUCAGUGAUUUGUCCAUUAAUUUAUCGCCGCGGCCUUUCUACCGAAACUCCGAGAACUCUUCCCGCAUUUUCGACCAUCUAGAAAACACGUAUUCUCCCUGUAGAAGGUCUUCUUUUAACACGCCCACAUCCCAAAGCUUUGAGCCACAUCCCAUGGUGAGCGAUGCUUGGGAUGCGUUGAGGCGUUCCUUGGUUUAUUUCCGUGGGCAACCUGUUGGAACUAUUGCAGCCUUGGACCAAUCUGGGGAGGAACUAAACUAUGAUCAGGUUUUUGUGAGAGAUUUUGUACCGAGUGCCUUGGCGUUUUUGAUGAAUGGGGAGCCUGAGAUAGUGAAGAAUUUCUUAUUGAAAACUCUUCGCCUCCAAUCAUGGGAGAAGAAGGUGGAUAAUUUCAAACUAGGAGAGGGAGUUAUGCCUGCAAGUUUUAAAGUUCUUCAUGAUCCCGUGAAGAACUUUGAGACUAUAGUCGCUGAUUUUGGCGAGUGUGCAAUAGGACGAGUGGCACCUAUCGAUUCUGGAUUUUGGUGGAUCAUAUUGCUUCGUGCAUACACGAAGUCCACAGGGGACACUUCCCUGGCUGAGAUGCCUGAAUGCCAGAAGGGUAUGCGCCUUAUUCUUAGCUUAUGUCUUUCGGAAGGCUUUGAUACAUUCCCAACACUACUCUGUGCUGAUGGAUGCUGUAUGAUCGACCGUAGAAUGGGUGUGUACGGGUAUCCUAUUGAGAUACAAGCACUCUUCUUCAUGGCUUUAAGAUGUGCACUGUUCUUGCUCAAACAAGACAAUGAGGGCAAGGAAUUUGUGGAGCGAAUAGUUAAACGUCUCCAUGCUUUAAGCUUCCAUAUGAGAAACUAUUUUUGGUUGGAUCUGAAACAGCUUAAUGACAUAUACCGGUACAAAACGGAGGAGUACUCUCACACUGCAGUUAAUAAGUUCAAUGUUAUGCCCGAUUCCCUUCCUGAUUGGGUUUUUGAUUUCAUGCCAACCCGUGGAGGAUACUUCAUUGGCAAUGUGAGUCCUGCAAGAAUGGAUUUCCGCUGGUUUUGUUUGGGAAAUUGCAUUGCCAUUUUGUCAUCUAUGGCAACUCCGGAGCAAUCGUCAGCCAUAAUGGAUCUCAUUGAAGAGCGGUGGGAAGAGCUGGUGGGAGAAAUGCCUCUUAAGAUUUGUUAUCCAGCCAUAGAGAGUCAUGAAUGGAGGAUUGUAACUGGUUGUGACCCAAAAAAUACGAGGUGGAGUUAUCACAAUGGGGGUUCUUGGCCAGUGCUUCUCUGGCUGCUCACUGCGGCAUGUGUUAAAACCGGACGGCCACAGAUCGCAAGACGGGCUCUCGACCUUGCAGAAUCCCGUUUAUUGAAGGACAGCUGGCCGGAAUAUUAUGAUGGGAAGCUCGGCCGGUUUACUGGGAAGCAGUCUCGGAAGUUCCAGACAUGGUCCAUUGCUGGGUACUUGGUGGCCAAGAUGAUGCUGGAAGACCCUUCUCAUUUAGGCAUGGUAGCUCUGGAAGAAGACAAGCAAAAGAAUAUCCUAAUGAAGAGAUCGGUCUCGUGGAAUUGUUGACAUGUCAAUUCACGUACUUUAUUUCAUGCUCGCCACGCAUUGUUCCUUUAAUUAGUCACAAGUUGGCCCUUUGGGGGUUUUAGAGGAGACUAUAAAUCCAACCCUGUGAAUUUUGCAAGUUGAUUAGGCAUUGGUGAUUUGGUAGUAAUAAAAAUUGCCUGUCCUUCUCUUCU